AUGAAUAGCACCUUAAGUUCAGAAGAUUUGGAUAACGAUAUAAGAAUAUAACAAGUCUAAUAAACUGCUCCUGAUGCUGUGCAAUUUUACAUCACAGAAGAGCAUUUCAAUAAUGAUCCAUAUGAUAUUAUAUAAUAAAAGGUAGCAACAUUUCAACCGAUUCAAUCUAAGGAUGACUCUAGAUGUGAUCAAGCAUAGAAAGAUGGUGGAAAGAAAUUCGAAGAUAAAAAGCAAAUCAAAUGUAUGAGAUCCGUGGGGACCUAUGUGAUUUAGCAAAUCGGACGUAAAAUUUUAUCUGGAGACAUGAAUCUCACUAAAAUCAGUUUUCCAAUUAAGGCAAUGAUUGCCAAAUCGGCUUUGGAGAAAAAUUUAUAAUCUACCAUAUUCUUUCCUUUGUAUAUCAACCGAGCCGUUCAAACAGUAGAUUUUAUGGAGUAGUUGAAAUUGGUCAUAACUGCUACCAUAGCUACAUUCCACAUAAACCUGAGUUUCCACAAGCCUUUAAAUCCUAUCUUGGGAGAAACUGUCGAAGGUUUCUUGUCAGAUGGAACAACUUUAUAUGCAGAGUAAAUUAGUCACCACCCACCCAUAAGCUAAUUCUAUGGUGUUGGUAGAGAUGAUUCUUAUAAAUACUUUGGAAAUUAUUGUUACGAAGCCUCGGCUGGACUUAACUCUAUCACUCUCAAGAAUAAGGGUAAAAGAACCAUAAUAUUCAAUGGGGGCCAGAGAAUUGAUUAUAAUUUUGCCUAUGAACUUUACAGUGGAACUAUCAUGGGUUCAAUGAAAGUUGAAACUCUUGGUGUUUCUACGUAUUAGACAAAUAAAGGAUUGACUGCAACUUUAAAAUUUGGAAAAGUUAAAAGAAAAGCUACCGAUUAUUUUGAAGGAUCCAUUAAUAUGGGCUAAUAAGAAUUGUGUAAAAUAUUUGGUACUUACAUGGGAUACAUAGAGUUUGAUGGCGUACGAUAUUGGGAUCAUCGACAUAUGUAACCACAUUAAGUAACCAUCAAACCUCCAUUUCUACCAUCUGAUGCGUAACUGAGAGGAGAUUAUACAAAUUUGGCAGCUUUGGAUAUCGAUAAGGCAUAAAUAGAAAAAGAAAAUUUAGAAAAUCUUUAAAGACACGAUGCUAAAUUAAGAACCAAAUUCAAGGAGGUUAGAAGAAAAAAGGAAGAGAAAAAAAAAUAACAUGAUCAUGAUUGAUAAAUUACUAUUCAAAAAAUUAAUAGAGCUUUUCAUUUUUGUAUUA